AUGAGUGCUGCUCCAAAGUUCGCCGGGAUGACCGGUAAUUCACUUAUGCGGGCAGUGACAACUGCUGCGACCAUGGGCUUCUUACUUUUUGGUUAUGAUCAGGGUGUCAUGAGUGGUAUCAUUGAUGCUAAGCCUUUCAACGAUGUAUUCACAGCGACGCGAGACAAUUCAACUAUGCAGGGUACUGUGACUGCAAUUUACGAGAUAGGAUGCCUCGCUGGCGCUGUGUUCAUCCUUGCUGCUGGUGACUGGCUAGGACGGCGGAGGUCGAUCAUGAUGGGUGCCACAGUGAUGAUCAUCGGCGUGAUCAUCCAGGUAACUUCGUACCCUGGCCAUGUCCCUCUUGCACAGUUUAUCAUCGGUCGAGUGAUUACUGGCGUUGGGAAUGGAAUGAAUACAUCUACAAUUCCCACUUACCAGGCGGAGUGCUCGAGAACCUCCAACAGAGGAUUGCUUAUCUGCAUCGAAGGCGCUACUAUCGCGUUCGGUACACUUAUAGCCUACUGGAUUGACUUCGGUGCAUCUUAUGGCUCGCCUGACCUUACAUGGCGUUUCCCCAUCGCAUUCCAGAUAUUUUUUGGCCUUUUGAUUAUUGUCGGAAUGGCCGUCUUACCAGAGUCCCCCCGGUGGCUAUUCACGCGCGAGCGAUAUGAGGAGGGUGAGACGGUGAUUGCUGCGCUCAUGGGUAAAGACAUAUCCCAUCAUGAUGUGCAGCUCCAGAAGAAUAUCAUUCUUGACUCCAUCAGAGCUUCGGGACAGGCAGGAAAGAACACUCCUUUGUCUGCUGUCUUCACAGGCGGGAAGACGCAACAUUUUCGAAGAAUGCUUUUGGGUUCUUCGUCCCAGUUUUUUCAGCAGAUUGGCGGUUGUAAUGCAGUGAUAUACUAUCUGCCAGUUCUGUUCAAGAACUCGCUUGAUCAGACUGAGUUUAUGUCUAUGAUACUUGGAGGAGUGAACAUGGUCGUCUACUCCAUCUUUGCUACUCUAUCCUGGUUCUUGAUUGAGCGUGUUGGAAGACGCAAACUCUUUUUAUGGGGAACAGUGGGCCAAUGUCUCUCGAUGGUUCUUACUUUCGCCUGUCUCAUCCCAGGCACUCCCUCGGCGGCAAAGGGUGCUGCAGUCGGUCUUUUUACUUAUAUUGCUUCGUUCGGUGCAACUUGGCUGCCCUUGCCCUGGCUCUACCCGGCAGAGAUCUCGCCAAUCAAGACACGAGCAAAGGCGAACGCUAUCUCAACCUGCACAAAUUGGUUGUUUAAUUUCCUUAUUGUCAUGGUAACUCCCAUCAUGAUCACCAAUAUCAGCUGGGGGACAUACCUCUUCUUUGCUUGCAUUAAUGCCUGCUUCCUGCCAGUCAUCUAUUUCUUCUAUCCUGAAACCGCCGGGCGAUCACUGGAGGAGAUUGACCUUAUCUUUGCGAAGGGUUACUUGGAGAACAUGAGCUAUGUUCGUGCUGCUAAGGAGUUACCUUUUCUUUCUGAUGAGGAUGUUGAGCGCGUUGCUAUCCAAUAUGGCUUUGGUUCAGCCAAUGAUGUGAAGGGUGGUGAUAGUAGUGACGGUGCAGAGUUCAGUGCAGCAAGGGCUGAGGAUCAUGCAGUGCAUGAUUCAGAGAAGGGUACUUUUACUCAAACAGAUUGA